AAACUGGGUAUGAGAGAAAAGUGAUUUUUAGUCAAAACACAAUAUAAAGAGAACCCAAGUUUUCUUUUUCUGUUACUUCGGUUUCGCAGAAAAGAAACGCUAUGUUAUGUAAUUGGGUCUCUUUUCUUUCCUUUUCUUUUUUAAUGUGAAAGACUGAUAUUGGUUUCUAUUUUCUAUCUUUGCUUUGACGGCUUAUGUGAAGAGAAAACCCUAAUGACUACUUUCACUAAAGGGCUUGACAGAGAUUCCAUUAGAAGGGUUCGACAGGGGAGUAGUGAAACGAAGAGAGAGAAUUCAUUUUUCAUGUCAAAUCAGAGAUUACAGUCUGAUCCGAUUGUUGGCCUGAGGAACCAUGUCCGGGGUUUUGGGUUGCCGUCUCCGGCCAAGUUCCGAAGUGGGCACUUGCCCUCUGGUGUUGUUCCAGUGUCACGAACAAUACCUGUUGGUGCUAAUGACAGUGGAUCAGACAUGGAUAUCAGCUCUGAUUCUGAUGAAGAGGCUUAUGGUGUGCGGUACUUGGUGGAAUCAUCACCACAGGAUGACAAAUUUCCCAAUGGGGCUGGUCCAAGAUACACCAGUUUCAUGAAUAGGCAAGUUGAUAUCAAAACCGGCCCAGUUCAAUCUGAUUUCAGUUCAUCGAGGAAUGCAACUCAGCAUAGACAAGGGUAUGGAUUGGAGAGAUUUGGACAUGGAGGUGGUGGGAAUGCAGUGCCACCAAAUUGUCUUACCGAUGAUGAAUCAUCAGAUUCAGUCACCAGCUCAGAGGUGGCUUCAACAGUAACCAGGAAUGGCCAUUUACCUCAGGGGGGGAAACGCACUUCCAGGGUGCACUACUCCAAUGGUCAAUUAAGCCCAAAUGUGAAGACCACAAGACAGAACUUCUGUGGCGAAGGAAUGCAGAAUAACUUAUCUGAUAACGAUUUUCCCAGUGCGCCCCCAUUUGCUGGUUCUGUAGAGGAAAUUCAUCAAGUUGCUGAGCAAUUCAGAGCAGAUAGUACCCCUUGCCCGGAAACAUCGAGUGUUUAUGCAAAUACAGAUGAACCAAACACAACCAAAAACUCACCAUUAGGUGCUGCAAAUGAAUGUACUGCAACCAGAAUUUCUGACCCGUCUUUAAGGAAUGGUGCUGUAUCUUCCAGUUCUUUGACUGCUCGCUUUCCCACAUUUCAUGCAAGUGGGCUUGGUCCAUGGUAUGCUUUAAUAUCUUAUGACGCUUGUGUUCGUCUAUGUCUUCACUCGUGGGCAGAGGGUUGCAUGGAAGCUCCCGCCUUUUUAGAAAAUGAAUGUGCACUGCUGCGAAAGGCAUUUAGCUUGCAACAAGUUUUAUUACAACCAGAGGAUGAACUGCUGAGGACAAGAUCUUCAGAACUUGUAAGUGAGGGAGCUGCCACAAAACCGAAAAAAACCUUAGGCAAAAUGAAGGUGCAAGUGCGAAAAGUUAAAAUGGGGUUAGACCCACCAACAGGCUGCAGUUUUUCAUCUCUGAAACCUCCUAGGGUAAAAUUGGAAUCGUUACGGUUUCGUUUGUCCCAUAUAAAAUCAACAUUAUCUUCUGAAUGGGAAGCCUUAAGGAAAGUUCGUGUGGCACCGCGCAUCCCUUCAAAUGGUUCUUUUUCACAACAAAGUUUGGCAUAUGUGCAUGCUGGCACUCGCUAUGUAAAAGAAAUGUCUGAGCUCUUGAAAAUUGGCCUGACUACUAUGCACAACGGCUCAUCGUCAUAUGAAAUAGUGCAAGAAACAUAUUCCUGUUUGUUGAGAUUGAAAAGUUCAUCUGAAGAUGAUGCAGUUCGAAUGCAACCUGGAUCUGGCGAAACACAUAUUUUCUUGCCAGAUAGCUUAGGAGACAAUCUGAUCAUUGAACUUCAAGACUCUAAAGGAAAGUAUUUUGGCCGUGUCAUAGCUCAAGUAGCUGAUAUAGCUGACGAUCCAGGGGACAAGCUUCGUUGGUGGUCCAUAUAUCAUGAGCCAGAGCAUGAAGUUGUUGGAAGAAUGCAGUUGUACAUAAACUAUUCUACUUCUCCAGAUGAUAAUAGUCAUCUCAAGGGGGACAAGCUUCGUUGGUGGUCCAUAUAUCAUGAGCCAGAGCAUGAAGUUGUUGGAAGAAUGCAGUUGUACAUAAACUAUUCUACUUCUCCAGAUGAUAAUAGUCAUCUCAAGUAUGGUUCUGUUGCAGAAACUGUGGCAUAUGACUUGGUUUUGGAGGCAGCAAUGAAAGUUCAACGAUUUCAGCAAAGAAAUUUAGUUCUGAAUGGUUCAUGGAGGUGGUUAGUGACUGAAUUUGCAUCAUACUAUGGAAUUUCGGAUGCCUAUGCUAAGUUAAGAUAUCUUUCUUAUGUUAUGGACGUUGCCACGCCCACUGCAGACUGUCUAGACUUUGUGCAUGAUUUGCUGUUACCCGUGCUUUUGAAAGGCGACACUAAGCGCACAUUGAGUCACCAAGAGAACCGCAUCCUGGGGGAAGUUUGUGAGCAGAUUGAGCAGACUAUUGCUCUAGUUUUUGAGAACUACAAGUCACUGGAUGAGUCAUCACCAUCAGGGGUGGUGGAUGUUUUUAGACCUGGAACUGGAGUGGCAGCUCCUGCUUUGGCUCCUGCUUUAAAACUAUACAAUCUUCUGCAUGAUAUAUUAUCCUCGGAGGCACAGUUGAAGCUUUGCAGAUAUUUUCAGACUGCUGCAAAAAAAAGAUCCAGAAGGCAUCUGGCAGAAACAGAUGAGUUUGUUUCUAACAAUAAUGAGAAUACACUGAAGGAUUCAGAGACUUUGUCUAUGGCUUACCAGAAGAUGAAAUCGCUUUGCUCAAAGAUCAGGAAUGAGAUUUUCACCGACAUAGAGAUACAUAGUCAGCAUGUGCUUCCCAGUUUUAUAGACCUUCCGAAUCUUUCUGCAUCAAUAUACAGCGUGGAGCUCUGCAAUAGACUGCGUGCAUUCCUUGUUGCAUGUCCUCCUUCUGCCCCAUCCCCUCCAGUGGCCGAACUUGUUAUUGCAACAGCUGAUUUUCAAAGGGAUCUUGCUUGCUGGAAUAUUAAUUCCAUCAAAAGUGGAGUAGAUGCAAAAGAGUUGUUCCACUUAUAUAUAACACACUGGAUUGAAGACGAGCGUCUUUCUCUGCUUCAAUUAUGCAAGCCUGACAAGGAAAAGUGGUCCAGCGUCAAAACCCAACAUUCAACAACCCCUUUUGUUGAUGAAAUGUAUGAUCGGCUGAAGGAGACACUGAAUGAAUAUGAAGUCAUUAUUUGUCGCUGGCCAGAAUAUAGUUUUGUUUUGGAGAAUGCUAUAGCAGAUGUUGAAAAAGCAGUGUUGGAAACUUUGGACAAGCAAUACGCUGAUGUUUUGUCUCCCUUGAAGGAGAAUGCAACACCCAUCAAGUUUGGGCUUAAAUAUGUCCAGAAAAUUUCCAAAGGCUCUGUAAACUCCUAUACUGUCCCUGAUGAGUUGGGAAUUCUUUUGAAUUCCAUGAAAAGGAUGCUUGAUAUGCUUCGACCCAAUAUAGAAGGCCAAUUGAAGUCGUGGGGUGCUUGCAUUCCUGAUGGUGGAAAUACUGUCCCUGGAGAGCGUAUCGGUGAAGUGACAGUGGUGCUCCGAGCCAAAUUCAGAAAUUACCUCCAAGCUAUCGUUGAAAAACUUGCUGAAAAUACAAAGUUGCAGAGUGAUACAAAAUUGAAGAAAAUAAUUCAAGACACAAAGGAAAGUCUAGUAGAAUCAGAUAUACAAAGCAGAAUGCAGCCUAUGAAGGAUCUGCUGACAAAGACUAUUGACUACCUCCACCCUGUCUUUGAAACUCAUGUGUUUAUAAUUAUUUGCCGAGGGUUAUGGGAUCGAAUGGGACAGGAUGUGUUGAGGUUUUUGGUUAAUAGGAAAGAGAACCAGUCCUGUUAUAGAGGUUCAAGAGUUGCUGUAUCUGUUCUCGAUAAUACAUUUGCAUCACAAAUGCAACGGUUGCUUGGGAAUGUGCUGCAGGAGAAAGACCUUGAACCACCAAGGUCUAUGUUGGAAGUGCGCUCAAUGCUCUGUAAGGAUUCUGUGAACUACAAAGACAAUAACUACUACUUUUAGAUCGUAAAUCAGUAAAUAUAUAAGUGCACAAUGUCUUGAGCUUCUUCACCCGUCUCAAUCAAAGAAAGAAUUGAGGACUGGUUGCUGCCAUCUUGAAGCCGCUUCAGUUCUGGACAGGAAGAAGCUGGUGAGAAAUUGAGAAAAGACAUGUUAAUACCAGUCGGCAUCAUAGAGCCUCCGAGAAAGGUUCAUUCAGUUUUGUUUGCAAAGAAGCAGCUCAGCUUCUAGUGAUAAAAUUUCCACUCCAUGGCCCCUAUGGGGGUUCUCCACUUCCUCUAUGCUCUCUUACAAAAUGUAACUAUGAGGGGUCAUGUCCAAUUUUUUUUAAUGAUUAUCCUUAUUUUUGACAACUAUAUGAAAAUUUUAUUUCACUCCAAGAACCUAUUUGAAAUGUCAAUGCCAUCUCUCUCUUUUCGCGUCGGUUUUUGUUGGGUUUGAAGGUUAGUUGUGUGUUCUGAUUUUGGAAAUGUGAACCAUGAACUAGACUUUGUUUACCAUAUUAAUAGGG